AUGACAAGAGACCCCAGCAAGGCCUGGCGGCCCUUCACGGCGGCGACGUGCUGUUCCGCGGAGGAGCAGACGGUGGUGUUCGGGAGCAUCAGCCGGGACCGGCCGUCGCGGUCGGAGUUUUCAAAGAACGUGGCACCGUUGCGGUCGUUUCGAAGGUUGUCGUUCUCGGAUCUGAGCCGGUCGUCGUCGACGCGGGUGGUGGAGGACCUGGCGCAGUCGUUGGGGUCUUCAGAUUUGUAUGAUUUUGAGCUGAGGGAGCUGAGGGGGAUAACGCAGAACUUCUCGGGGAAUUACUUGCUGGGGGAAGGAGGGUUCGGGACGGUGCACAAGGGGUACGUGGAUGACAGUUUGAGGCCGGGCCUGAAGGCUCAGGCCGUCGCCGUUAAGCUCCUCGACAUUGAUGGCCUCCAAGGCCACCGCGAAUGGCUUGCGGAAGUGAUAUUUCUGGGGCAGCUGAGACACCCCAAUUUGGUAAAAUUGAUCGGAUAUUGUUGUGAAGAUGAAGAGCGCCUGCUCGUCUACGAGUUCAUGCCGAGGGGAAGCCUAGAGAAUCACUUAUUUAAGAGGAUGUCAAUGGCAUUGCCAUGGAGCACAAGACUGAAGAUUGCGAUCGGAGCUGCUAGAGGUCUUGCCUUCUUGCACGAUGCCCAGAAUCCUGUCAUCUACCGUGACUUCAAAACUUCUAACAUCUUAUUAGACUCUGAUUUUACUGCAAAAUUAUCUGAUUUUGGAUUGGCGAAGAUGGGACCAGAAGGUUCAAACACUCAUGUUACAACGCGGGUGAUGGGUACAUAUGGAUAUGCAGCGCCAGAAUAUGUGACUACAGGGCACUUGACCACCAAGAGCGAUGUGUACAGCUUUGGUGUGGUGCUACUAGAGCUGCUAACGGGGAGAAGAUCAAUGGACAAAUCGAGGCCCGAGAGCGAGCAAAAUCUGGUGGAAUGGGCAAAGACCUACUUGGGCAGCAGCCGGAGGUUGCGCUGCAUCAUGGACACUAGGCUCGCUGGCCAGUACUCUGUGAAGGGAGCGAAGGAGAUCGCUCUUCUCGCACUUCAGUGCAUCAGCUCAUACCCAAAAGACCGACCAAGAAUGCCUGCCGUUGUCAAUGCCCUCGAAGGGCUGCAGCACUUGAGGGACAUGGCUGUCUCCUGCGGGCAAUGGCCGACUACAGCAAGACCGGGAAGAAAUGGUGUUUCUACUGCCAAAGGAUGGAAGGAGAUCAGUAAAGGUGGAAUUCAGGUCAAGGGCAAACAGUCUGUUGUAGCUCCUAGAGGUGGGAGAAGCUGA